AGCAUCAUUCAUUCAUUCAAUUCAUCUCCAUUAUCCUAACUACCAAACCAAACUUCACACAAAAAAAGAAACCUACACGAUAGAAAAUGCUACCAUUGAACAACAUCAUCUUUCUUAUCUUUCUCAUCAUCACUUCCACUGCGGCAACAGGAAGAAAGCUAAGUUUCGAUAUGUCAAGCGGCAGUGCACCGACGUCAAGUGGUGGUAGCGGGACAGGUCACGGUCCCAGUUGGGACUACAGUUGGGGUUGGGGCUCCUCGCCCGGAAGUGGAUACGGUUACGGUUCAGGUUCAGGGCAUUCUCCUUCUGGUGUUGGUAAAGGUUUUGGAGUUGGUUUUGGAACCGGUACUGGAUCUGGAUCCGGGUAUGGUUAUGGAUCGGGUGGUGGUGGUGCUCAUGGUGGUGGUUUUGGAAGUGGUUCUGGCGGCGGAGGUAAAACCAACCACGGAUAAAUCAUUUCAAGUUUAACCAAACUGCAUGCAUGGAAGCAUAGUUUAUGUAAAAUUAUGGCGUAAUUCUGGAUUAAUUAAUAUACUACGAUAUAUUAAUUAAAAUUAGUAUAUGAUUGUACUACAUAUUAUUUGUUGGUUUGGUAAUUGGUGUGUAUGCAUGAUGGCUAACAAAAACUAAACUAGCUAGCUAUAUAAUAUAUAUAAAUAUGUAAGCUUUGGAGUUGCUAUAUAUAUGCUAAUGAAAAUAUAAGAUAUUGAUGAAAUAUUAUGUCAA